CAAUUUGCGAGCUCAUGAUGGCCGGUGCCAGUAUGGCACAGACUGAGGGAAUCUUUGCAAGAAAUAUUCUCUGUCCAUGUCCACUGUCCCAGGUUUCCCUCCCAAUUUCCUAAUAUUCAGCCAUUGAUUUCACGAGGCCUAAUUUCCUGAAGCCAGUUUAGUAAGGAACACAGGCGUCUCUAUCUCAAGGCCACUAUCUCAGUUAGGGGUGUUGCUUUCUUACUGAUACCCUAGAACCGUAGAUUGCAUGCUCUAACCAGGAUGAAGUUCGGAAAGCGGCUUAGAGAUCAGGAAGAAGGAACGUUGCCUGGGUGGCGAGGCAAAUUCCUUCGUUACAAGGAGCUGAAGAAGCGGCUGAAGACUAUCUCUUCGGAAUCUCCAGAACGCGAACUUGAAGGGGCGGAGCACCCGUUAGACUUGUGCGAUGGUUCUUCAGAUAGUAUUGUCAGGCGCGCCCUCCUCUCGGGGCCGUCUGAGGACCCCUUCGUGCAGCUGCUGCUGUCGGAGCUGGAUCGUUUCAACGACUUUUUCGCGGACAAGGAGGAGGAGUUUGUCAUUCGCAUGCACACCAUCAAGCAGCGGAUAGCCAAUGAGGUUCCGCAGCGGAGUGCUCCCGAUGGAACGCUUCAAGGCUUUUUGCUUGACGCCGCCGAUAGUGCCGGGGUCAACUGCAUCCGUCGGGCCAUCGUUGCGCUGCACGGGGAAAUGGUGCUGCUGGAGAACUACAGCUCGCUCAACUACAUGGGGCUCGUCAAGAUCGUCAAGAAGCACGAUAAACGCACCAGCCAUCCUCUUCGCCCCUUCUUGCGCACCGUGCUGCAGCAGCCGUUCUGCACGACGGAGCUGUUGUCGCAGCUGAUCAGCGAGUGCGAAGUGCUGCUUCAGCAGCUGCUGCCGCCCAGCGAGCAGUCGUCAUGCAACCAUCCCGUAAUCCCGCUGCACCAAGACAUCCCGUCUGCAGCCCUGCAGCCUUCCUCGCCGCCACUGCCAACAGUGGUAUCUGCUGCUGAGGAAUCGCCAGUGGCGCCCGCAGGAAGCCCAGAAGAGGCCGCUGCUGCAGAUUUUGUUUCUGACGACACAGAUUCAGUAGCCAUGGUGUACCGCAGUGCGUGCAGCGCCCUGCGCGCCCUGAUUGAGAUCCGCAGCAGCUCGAAGACCCCUCACCCGAUCAUGCUGGCAGCGCAGCAGGCUGCUCUCUCGCCCGCUGUGCACUCUGCUAGCGUCUCUGAGGAGCCCCUCCUUCCCCAGGCCAGCCAAUCCAACCGCGGGGAUGCUCAGGGUGAUGCGGAAGUGAUGGGCAGUGGCGGCGAGUCUAGCUGCAGCACUGAACGGGGGAGCGCCCUUGUGACGCUGGAGAAGGCAGCUGGUGUGCACCGUGGGCUGGAGAGGGAGCUGGAUGUGGGAAGCAGGGAGCAGUUCCAGACUGUUGGCCAAUCCUAACAUUGGCUUUAGGAGGAUAAUGUGGGAGAUUUCAGUCACCGUACUAUAGGUGUCUGCAUCGCAACUGUACAUAUUCAUCUUCAAGUGCAGUCCUGUGAGCUCUACAUCCUAAUUUCUAAAUGGAUAGCAAUUGGCCUUGUUGG